CAGCUAUUCGCUGCCUCUUGCAGUCGCAGGCCCUGCUGUUGAGCAGCCACGCAGUUGGAAAAACUCAGAAAUCAGACGUUCUCCAGAGAAGAGGAGCUCACCUGUUCACUUCGUCUAUUCUUUAACCCAGACUUAAACAGACAUUUACCUUUAAAACAGACAUUUUUCUGCUUGUUUUGUCUUCAUCUUGACUCGUCUGCACUGAAACGUCCAAAUCCAGAGAGUGUUGUCUCUUACUGACGGCAUGUCUCAGAAGCCGCAGUCCGACGGUGGUCAGAAACACUUUGCGGUGGGUCGGGGGCUCCUGGCCGCUGCAGAGACCUUGAACUUCAACAUGAAUGAACAGCGACCCGCCCGUCAGGCGGGGGGCAUGGCCUCAGGGAUGGGGGUGGGUGGCGGUGCCAUGGAGGGCAACAACGGCAGCGCCCAGAUGUCCCGGCUUGGCAGUGGCAACAAUCUUGGCAGCACCAUGAAGCUCUUUGCGAGUUUAGGGCUGUCGCCCUCUGACCUGGACGCUCUCGCUGAGAUCCCUGAAGAGGACAUCAGUGUGGAGACGCUGCCGCACAUCCUCAGGCAGCUCAAGAGUCGCAAAGGAGAUGUGGGGAAGCGUAGACCGGUGUCCUCCAUGUCUUCCGAGGUUGGGUAUCAAGAAGGAAGAGACAGCUGGGCUCCUUCUCUGAGUCAGACUAACUUUGGGUACAGUUCCCUGCAGGAUGCCGCUCCAAGCUAUGGUAUGAAUUACAGCGGGGCCAGUGGUGGGAGCAGGGAGAGGCUGUUCUCUGAGCUCUCCCAGCGCGAUUCCUACGGCGGCCUCGGCAUGGGCACGCCCUCCUCUGACCCCCUCUUUAUGCCGCGGAGGAUCGGCCCCCCGCCUCACAGAAAAGUCCAAGACUUCUUGGGAGUCAUGCCCCCCACUUUCCCCCAUGUGUGCUCUCUUUGUGACUUUGACGUUCGCACCAUCAUGGAGUGGAACCAGCACACUGACGGACUUCGACAUGCUGAGAACAGACGUCUGCUGCUCGACAUGUAUCCGGACUGGGAUCCUGGUAUGCCAUCCAGCAGAGGUGGUGGUCUUCUGGAGACCCCGAACCUGGCUCCAGGACUGCUGGGACCCGCCCCCAUGUCAUCAGCCAAAGCAGCAGGAGGGAUGUCCUCCAGCUGGGGAGGCGGUGCAGGUCUGUCAGGGAAGAACCAGCUGGGACAAACUACGCUGAGGAGCAGGGUCGUGGUGGUGAAGUACGACAGGAAGCCGCUCAGCACCAAGACGCUGUUCGCCUUUGCCGAGCCGUUUGGCAUCAUGAGGGAGCACCUGGUGCUGAAGAACAAGGCCUUCUUUGAGAUGAGCAGUCACGAGGAGGCUCUGGACAUGGUCAGCUACUACGAGCAGAACCCAGCGUCCCUGUACGGCAAACCACUGACCAUCUACCUGUCCAAGAGGCUGUUGGUCAUCGAGAAAGAUGACCGGGCGUCAGACAGGCCGUCAGACAGACCGUCAGACAGACUGACCAGAGACAUCAGAGGUUAUGACAGCCAGGUGGUUUUCUUCUCCAACCUGCCCAGAGAGGAGGAGAAAAAGAUGGAGCUGCUGACCAUUGCUGCACGCUUCGGCAUCGUGGAGAAACACCUCUUUCUAACUGACCAGGCGUUCAUCCAGCUGGGGACCCCCGAGGACGCACACAUGCUGGUUAAAUAUUACAGCCAGAACCCGCUCACCAUUAAAGGACGAUCCAUCCGCCUCAACAUCUGCACCAAGUACAAGACCCUGAAUGUGAACCGGAGGCAGGGAGGUGCAGCAGGAGACAGUCGAGGCGCAGCAGGAGAUGGUCGAGGUGCAGCAGGAGACGGUCGAGGCCAGAGGAGCAGCAGACCUCACACCACCUCCUCCUCCUCUGGAACCAGGACCUCCUCCAGCUCCCUCAGGACCUCCUCAUCCAAAUCCUCGUCCAGCUCCAGGAGCAGAGAGGAGAGGAAGAAGAAGGAGGAGGAGGAGAACAAAACUAAGCCAGAGGAGAAACCUGCAGCAGAAGAAAAGAAAGAGGAGAAGGAGGAGGAGGAGGAGGAGGAGGUUUCUGGGGUGAUGGAGGGGGAGGAAGAAGGAGGGGAGGAGCAGGUUGACAAUGGAGAUGCAGAGGGAGAGGAGCCGGAGGGAGCAGAGACGGUGGAGGAGACAGAGGAAGCCAAACAGGAGGAGGCUCCUGGUGGUGAUGAUGUCACUGAUGACACACCUGGGGAAGUGGGCGGGGCUGACGGCGAGAUCGAGAAGGAGGCCGAGGCGGCGGUACCAACAGAAGCAGCAGACACUGAUGAAGCUGAGAACAAAGAAGAACAGGAGAACGAAGAAGAACGGGAGAACACAGGAGAACCGAGUGUGGAACCAGGAGAGAGCUCAGAGAUGAUGGAGGAGUCUGAAGACCUGGAUCAGGACUUCCUGGAGAACAUGGAGGACUUUGUGACGCUGGACGAGCUGGCUGAGGAUGAAGAUGAAUCUAACAGAGAUUCAGAUGGCAUCGACCACUCGAGGAAGGGGGGGAUGAGGGUGGUCAACAUCGUGGGCUUCAGACGAGGUUAUAAAUUCAAGGAGGAGCUGCUCUCACUGGCCAAGCCUUUUGGAAAAGUGGUCAAAUACCUGAUACUGGACCUGAAACCAGAGGCGUAUCUGCAGUUUGAGACUGAAGAAGAAGCUCGAGCCAUGUCCAAGUUUUAUUACAACACUAAUGUGAAGGUGUCUGUGUGUGGCCGCCCUGUGAGGAUCAGCCACUCUAUGACCUACCCGACUGUCCAGUGUGGCUCCAGCACAGUGGUGUACCUCGGACAGAUCCCCAGUAGUAAGUACACGGAUGAGGCCAUUAUAAAACUGGCAGAGCCGUACGGGAAAAUCAAGAAGUAUUUCCUGAACCGGAUCAAGAAAGAGUGUUUCAUCGAGAUGGAGAGAGCCCAGGACGCCGAGAAAAUGGCUGAAGACUGCAGAGUAAAUCCACUGAAGUUCAGCGGGAAACGUCUGACAGUCUACGUCAGCAGGAAGUACAAACACCUCAAAUACGGGCAUCGAUAUCCGAUCUCAAAGAGAGAAUCCAGCAGCUCUCCUCCGAAAUCAACCAGACAUUCUGAAGAACCUCCAGCUAAAAAAUCGAGGGAGGAGAAGAAAGAUGAGGAGAAGAAAGAUGAGGAGAAAGAGAUGAAGGAAGAGGAGCAGAAGGAGGAGGAGAUAGAGGAGCAGAAAGCUGAGGAGGAGAAGCCAGAGGAGGGGACCCAGAGUGCUGAUGUCGAUGAAAAGAAGGACGAAGGCUCAGCGGAGAAUGUUCCAGAGGUUUCUGAUCAGGGGGAGAAGAUGAGCCAGGAUGAGGAGCAGGAGGAGGAGAUUUCCACCAAUCAGAAUGGAGAAACAGAGGCUCCUCUACAGAACGAGUCUUCGUUGCUGCAGGAGAACAAACAGGAAGCUCUGGAGGACGACAUGGAGACGUCCACCAAUGAGAACGGAGAGACUGAGGCUGCUCAAAACAAAUCCAGUGUGGCUACUCUCCCGCUGCCCCCCCAUGACCCAGAGACCCCCAUCGGUGUGGAGCACGUGAAGAUGGGUUAUUACUGCCGUGUCUGUUUCCUGUUUUACUCCAAUGAAGACUCAGCCAAGAAGACGCACUGCAGCACCAAAUCACACUACGACAAGCUGCAGAAACAUCUGGAGAAGGAGCAGGCUAAAGCAGAGAAGAAGAAAGGGAAGAAGAACUGAACCAAUCAGAUUUAAUCCUGAUUUUUGUUUUUAUGUGUUUAAAGGUGUGAUGCUGCAGAGACGUUUCAGUCCCUG